GUCUCGCGAUUUAAGGUAGGUACGCAAGACGGCAAGUUACCUUGGGCUGCCAGGAUCCACAUCAUUCGGCGACCCUGGAACUAAUAAUCAUUGUCACCCUUCUUCUCAAUGUCAACGGUUGCACCACAUCAUUCGGUGAUAACACCUUGCAGCAUCCUGAGAUAGUCGAACGUCGAGUUUUCUUGUUCGAUUGUCGCGUGCCUUUCCACGUUCGCGCAACCGACGCUGCGCAAGUCGGAGAAGGCGCCAGCUGGCGUACCCAUCCAAGGGGCUUGCCAUCUGGCCAAACCAACACGAAAACGUUACGAUAACGACUCGACAUGAUUCCCCGGCACCAUUCGAGCGGCUUCGCCAAUGGGCACACGCGAGAGAAGACCUUCGACUUCUCGCCCCAUCGAUUACAGCCACGCGCUUCCGCAAACAACAACCGACAUCGUAAAAAGCUCGUGGCUCGCAUUGGUGCGGUUCUCUUUGUUGUCGUGCUGGUUACCAUCUGGCUAUGGCCAUCAAGUUCUGUCGCAUCACUAGUUUCCUUCGGUCUGUUGGCGUCUGGCACUGAUCUUGAGCUGGAGACCGUGCGGUAUUAUGAUCUCACAAAUGUGCAAGGGACUGCGAGAGGUUGGGAACGCGAGGAACGCAUACUUCUCUGUGUGCCUCUGCGAGAUGCCGAGGCCCACCUGGGGAUGUUUUUCUCUCACUUGCGCAACUUCACCUACCCUCACCAUUUGAUCGAUUUGGCUUUCCUGGUUUCUGAUUCGAAAGAUCAGACCCUCGAGGUACUGUCUUCAAGUCUCGAGGAGUUGCAAGCGGAUGCGGAUCCCAAACAGCCGUAUGGCGAAAUCUCUAUCAUUGAGAAAGACUUUGGACAGCAGGUGAACCAGGAUGUGGAGAGUCGCCACGGCUUCGCAGCACAGGCGACUCGCCGCAAACUGAUGGCACAGGCCCGGAACUGGCUGUUGAGCGCAGCACUGAGGCCAUACCAUUCUUGGGUGUAUUGGAGAGAUGUUGAUGUGGAGACAGCGCCCUUCACGAUUCUUGAGGAUCUUAUGCGUCACAACAAAGAUGUGAUCGUUCCCAAUGUUUGGCGCCCACUGCCUGAAUGGCUCGGGGGCGAGCAACCGUACGAUCUGAACUCGUGGCAGGAGUCGGAAACUGCUCUCGCUCUGGCCGAUACUCUGGAUGAGGAUGCCGUCAUUGUGGAGGGCUACGCCGAGUAUGCCACCUGGAGGCCUCACCUGGCGUAUCUAAGGGACCCCUACGGGGAUCCGGACCUGGAAAUGGAAAUUGAUGGCGUUGGUGGUGUGAGCAUCUUGGCGCGGGCCAAGGUCUUUCGGAGCGGCGUGCAUUUCCCGGCUUUCAGCUUCCAGAAGCAUGCUGAAACCGAAGGAUUCGGAAAGAUGGCUCGGCGCAUGCACUAUUCUGUUGUCGGAUUGCCCCAUUAUACAAUUUGGCAUUUGUAUGAACCGAGUGUAGACGAUAUACGGCACAUGGAGGAAAUGGAACAGGAACGUCUCGCCCGAGAGAAAGAAGAGGAGGAGAAAAAGAAGAAAGCAGCGAAGAUCAAGGAAGAAUUUGGCGACGCUGAUACGCAAUGGCAGAAGGAUAAGCAAGCCAUGCAAGACUCAAAACUUCAAGCCAAGGAUGGAGUCAAACCCGUCAAAGCUGCAGAAGCAGAAGGUGUCGCCCAGGGAAAUAAAGGGGCAGCGAAGGCCGCUGCUGCACAAGCUGCUGACCCAGGAGCUGCCAAGGUGGCAGCUUAAAGAUAUCUUCUGCUGUACUUCAUGACAUGUAUCAGAUUUGCUAACGUUCGCUCCUUGGGGAUAAGACAUCAGCUUUCUAAUUUAUAAGCGUUGAAAUAUAAUGGGCGAAUUUGCGUGAA